CUUGCUGACCCAUUAGACAGUAUCAACAUGGCAGCUUUCUGAGUUUUGGUGGAGGGAAGGUGGUGUAAAUAAACACAUAAUUCGUGUUUCACAGACAACGACAUCGUUCGCGUGUUCGUGUUCGGGACUGUCCGGAGACGCGGAGUGAAAAUGUCGAGUGAAGGAAACAGGAAACAGUUCUGGAAGCGAAACGCAGCUAAGGUUCCUGGCAGCAUUCAACAUGUAUAUGGAGCACAACAUCCACCGUUUGACCCGCUCCUUCAUGCUAAUCUAAUUAAAGCAGGAAACAAGCCUCCUCCUGCCACGCCAGGCAAGCCCAAGAAGGCGACCACCUUCCAGGAGUUUGAGAGCAUAACCAGUGAUGCCUGGGAUGUUGGAGACGAUGAUGAUGAGCUGCUGGCCAUGGCUGCACAAAACCUCAACAUUGAGGUGGUCAUGGAGACAGCCAAUAAGGUAAUAGAGAAUCACAGCAAGCAGCAGGAGAGACAGAGGCUGGACGACUCCACAGAGCUAGAGCAGAGAGAAGAGGACACACAGGAGGAAACGGCAGAGGACGAAGAGGAGGACGAGGAGGAGGAGGAUGAAGAGGAGGAGGAGGAGGAAGAGGAGGAGGAGGAGGAGGAGGAGGGAGACGUGACCAGCCCAGAGGUGUCGUUUGCCUCCCAGAGCAGCCCUUAUACUGAUGGUCGCCUGGUUAAGUCCCAAAGCGAAGCUCCAAUUGGGUCACCUAAAGAUGCAGCGGGUGAGUGUGCAGCCCUCCACAGACAGCGUUCUCUGCCUCACCGGCCACCCGUUAUCCCACUAGUGGCUCGCAUGGCUGACCAGAACACAUCUGGCACCCCAGCCAUGACAGAGAGGGAAGCGUCCCGCCUGGACAAGUUCAAACAGUUGCUAGCUGGGCCCAACACAGAUCUGGAGGAGCUGCGGAAACUCAGCUGGUCUGGAAUUCCAAGACAGGUCCGGCCGAUCACAUGGAAACUCCUUUCAGGUUACCUGCCAGCCAAUGCAGAGAGGAGAGAGAGCGUCCUACAGAGGAAGAGACAAGAAUAUUUUGGCUUCAUCCAGCAAUACUACAACUCCCGCAACGACGAGCACCAUCAAGACACAUACAGACAGAUCCACAUAGACAUUCCUAGGAUGAGUCCAGAGUCUUUGGUGCUGCAGCCAAAGGUGACAGAGAUUCACAUUGACAUACCGAGAACUAAUCCCCUUAUUCCUCUUUUUCAACAAGCUUCUGUCCAAGAGAUUUUUGAGCGGAUCCUGUUCAUAUGGGCCAUUCGCCACCCGGCCAGCGGCUACGUGCAAGGCAUCAACGACCUGGUCACGCCGUUCUUCGUGGUCUAUGUCUUUGAGUACAUUGAAGAGGAAGUGGAAAACUUUGACGUGUCCAGUCUCCAGGAAGAGGCCCUGAGGAACAUUGAGGCUGACAGCUUCUGGUGCAUGAGCAAACUGUUAGACGGCAUCCAGGACAACUACACGUUUGCCCAACCUGGGAUCCAGAGGAAAGUCAAGGCCCUGGAGGAGCUGGUCAGCAGGAUUGAUGAGUCCGUUCAUCGCCACAUGCAGCAGUACGAGGUGGAGUAUUUGCAGUUUGCCUUUCGCUGGAUGAACAACCUCCUGAUGAGGGAGCUGCCGCUGCGGUGCACGAUCAGACUGUGGGACACUUACCAGGCCGAACCAGAGGGCUUCUCCCAUUUCCACCUCUAUGUGUGCGCAGCCUUCCUGGUGAGGUGGAGGAAAGAGAUUCUCGAGGAGAGGGAUUUUCAGGGGUUAAUGAUCCUCCUGCAGAACCUUCCCACAAUGCACUGGGGUAACGAGGAAGUUAGCGUGCUGCUCGCCGAAGCCUACCGGUUGAAGUUCGCCUUCGCUGAUGCGCCCAACCACUACAAGAGAUGAUGAGCGUGGCUCAUCUGCAGUUGCUCCCAUCCCCUUCCUUCUCCUCUUACUCCUCCUUUUUCCUUCCCAGCUCUCAUCUACUGAACCUAAAGGCCUCUCUAUUCCUGUAUGGAAGGACCUCCCCUAUUCUUAACCCCUUUUCCCAAAAUCGCCCCAAUGGGCCUUUCAGCAACUAAGAGAUUCAAAUCAACCAAUGACUUGGAGGAGAGGACAGGCGGUGUCGUGUUCUAACAAGUUGAUGUGGAGCCUUUUUUUUGUCUUCUUUUUUUUUUUUAUUAAGUUUAUUUUUCUCUGAUCAGCUCUGAAAGGUGCACUCCUACAAUUGCAGUCGUAUUGCAGAACCCUCAUCUUCAUCAUCGAAGACCACAGCUCUGUGUUCGUUCUGCUCUUGCCGACACCCCAGAAUACAACCUCAGGCCUGAUGCGGGACUGUGAGCUGGUGCUCAGCAGUGCCUGAGGGUCUUGGGUGCUUCUUUUCUGCUUUCUCUUGUUGUUUGCAGUACCAUGGCAAUAUAUUGUUCUUUGUUCCCCAAGGCAAAAAUGUGACCCUUUCUCUUUUUCAGUUUGCAAAGACAGAGAGUGACGAGUGGCAAAAAGGGCACAGCCCUAGAUGUUUACAUGUCUCAGCCCCUCUCCUGGUCAACACAGAACCUGAAGGAACAGGAACUCGACUGUUUUCCUUCCUUCUCUUCACGGGGGAUUGUUGUUUUUUUUUGUUUUUCAUGAACACAUCAGGAUUUUACACGGGAAGAGAGAGAGAGAAUGAGAGAUUGUUAGUCGUGGUGGGGUAUUAUCAUGUCUUCUUCCUUCCACAAACCAUGCACACUGGUUAAAUCGACGUAUUUUGUUCUUCUUCUCCCACCAUCGCCAACAUAAGAGACAAACAGAGGUCAGGAGAGUCACACAUACACAGUAGCUAUUUAUUUCCACUCGUUAGGAUUUCCUCCAACCUAACUAUACAGUAUGUAAAGUCUUAUUUAUUCCUGCUCCUCCACUCCUACCUCAGAACACCGUUAUAAAAACGCGCUCAUUAGAGCGUACGAAGACCGUAAAUCAUUAUCAUGUUUAUUGUGACAGAAAAAGACUCGCACCAUUACAUACCCUUCAGUUCGGUGUCAAAACACACUAUUUGCGGUUCAUUCAUUUAUUUAGCACUUGGCAUAGUAAGACUUAUUUGUGAAAUUGUGAAAAACAACAACAAUUCUGCCUUCAAUAAGGUUUGUAGUAUAUUUCUUUCUCCAACCGUUCCUCUCUUACAGGCUUUAUUUUCUUCUCAAUGUUAAAAGGUUAAGCGAUCUUGUCCAGUGGUUUGGUAUAAGUGGACACCAACAGUGACAUUUGUUAGCCAAAAUAAAACUUUCUGACUUUUGAGACAUGUUACUAACCUGAACCCAUGUGCAGCAGUUUCAAUUUACCUUAAAAGUUAGAGUUUUAAUUAAUGUGUGUAUUAAUUAAUAGUUGCAUGUCAUCAGAUGGUCGUGGAGAACACCCUGGAGUUGUACUGGGUACACUCACCAAAACAAAGUUUUCUUUUCCAAAUGCAAAAUUGUCUUAAUAUUUUUAGAUUUCUUGAUGCUUUUUGUUGCACUAAAUCACCUAUUUCAUAUUUAAAAAAAUGAUGGAUUCAUUUUUUUUUUUUUUUUUCGGUCACAUGGUGGGCAAAAUCAGUUUUAACGCUUAGAGACUUGGAAAAUCGAAACAAUGACAAUAUAGUCUUUUGGUGUACUU